AUGAAAAAUGCUUUGAAAAAUUUCCUCAGUGAUCAACUCAUUACCAACAUGUCAUACGACGAUAUUGACAAUGCCACGCCCAGUAUUGUGAUUGGCGGCGAUCUCGAGGAAGACGGAGACUUUGACGUCCAGUAUGAGCACGACAUCGAGAGUGAAAAUGAAGCUGGUGUUGAAGAUGCACAAACCGAAGGAUCGAAAGAGAAAAAAUCCGUUGCUUUUGCCGGCUUAGACGAUGAAUAUGAUGAGGAAGCGGCCAGAAAAGAGUUUGAGGAAGGUGGUGGGUUGCCGGAGCAGCCAGAUAACCCCGAUUUUUCGCAGUUGACACCAUUGUCGGCGGAAAUUAUCAAUAGACAGGCGACAAUUAACAUCGGAACCAUUGGCCAUGUCGCCCACGGAAAGUCCACGGUGGUUCGUGCCAUUUCGGGAGUUCAAACCGUGCGGUUCAAGGACGAAUUGGAGAGAAACAUUACCAUCAAAUUGGGGUAUGCCAAUGCAAAGAUAUACAAGUGCGACAACGAAGAAUGUCCCGAGCCCGAUUGCUACAAAUCGUUCAAAUCAGACAAGGAAAUUAGACCCAAGUGUCAGCGUGAGGGAUGCGAAGGCCGCUAUAAGCUUGUAAGACACGUUUCUUUCGUGGACUGUCCAGGUCACGAUAUUUUAAUGAGUACUAUGUUGUCUGGUGCUGCGGUAAUGGAUGCCGCUUUACUUUUGGUUGCAGGUAAUGAAUCAUGUCCUCAACCGCAGACAUCGGAGCAUUUGGCAGCCAUCGAAAUCAUGAAGUUGAAACAUGUUAUCAUCUUGCAAAAUAAGGUGGAUCUUAUGAGAGAAGAAUCGGCGUUGGAGCACCAAAAAUCGAUUUUGAAUUUUAUUAAAGGAACCAUCGCUGAUGGUGCACCUAUCGUCCCUAUCUCGGCCCAGUUGAAGUACAACAUCGAUGCCGUGAACCAAUUCAUAGUCAACUCGAUCCCCGUUCCUCCUCGUGACUUUUCCGCAUCUCCUCGGUUGAUCGUGAUUCGUUCUUUCGACGUCAAUAAACCCGGUUCUGAGAUCGAUGACUUGAAAGGAGGUGUUGCUGGUGGUUCCAUCUUGAACGGUGUGUUCAAAAUUGGCGACGAAAUAGAAAUCAGACCGGGAAUCGUCACCAAGGACGACAAUGGAAAGAUUCAAUGUAAACCCAUCUUUUCUCAUAUUGUCACAUUAUUUGCCGAGCACAAUGACUUGAAGUUUGCCGUGCCUGGUGGGUUGAUUGGUUUGGGUACAAAGGUGGAUCCUACGUUGUGUAGAGCUGACAGAUUGGUGGGUCAAGUUGUGGGUGCAAAGGGCAACCUUCCAUCGAUUUACACUGACAUUGAAAUCAACUACUUUUUGUUGAGAAGAUUAUUGGGAGUUAAAACCGAGGGCCAAAAGCAAGGUGCCAAGGUACGCAAAUUGGAAGUUGGAGAGGUGUUGAUGGUGAAUAUUGGAUCCACAGCCACUGGUGCUAGAGUGGUGGCAGUUAAGGCUGAUAUGGCUCGUUUGCAAUUGACUUCUCCAGCCUGUACCGAGAUUAACGAAAAGAUUGCCUUGUCGAGACGUAUCGAAAAGCACUGGCGUUUGAUUGGUUGGGCAACUAUCAAGAAGGGUACCACCCUCGACCCUAUUGCAUAA